AUGCGCGAGAACAUCAACAAGGUCUCCCAACGAGGCGAGCGUCUGGAUGCGCUGCAAGAUAAGACUGAUAACCUGGCUGUCUCGGCCCAGGGUUUCCGUCGGGGCGCCAACCGUGUUCGCAAGCAGAUGUGGUGGAAGGAUGUCAAGAUGCGCAUGUGCCUGAUUGCCGGCAUUAUCAUCCUCAUCCUCAUCAUCGUCAUUCCUGCUGGUUUCGAGCAACCGUGGGAGAAGAGGGGAUGA